UUGUCCCUAAGGAUAGACACAGGGCGCUCAACAGUGUGUUUGUGUGUUUGUGUCUUCUGAAGGUUUGAGUUAUGAGAGAGAGAGAGAGAGAGAGAGAGAGAGAGAGAGAGAGAGAGAGAGAGAGAGAGAGAGAGAGAGAGAGAGAGUUGAAUAAGGAAAUAGCAGACACUUCAAACUGGAAUGCUUUUGAUGACACAAGUGAAGACCAAGUUCCAAGCACAGGGCAUGACCCUAGAGACACUGGUGUGGAUCAGACCAUUGUAAAGGAUGGGUUCCAGCUGCAGUGGUCAGAAACGUCAGAAAGACGACAUCCACCACCCAGGGAAAGGCUCUCAAACCACCAACUCCACCAACCACACUGCACACAAUACGGAACAGGCCUCUGGUAAUGACGAAGACGUUGUCAUUGCUCUGCACGACUUCAAACCAACCACGGACCAGGACCUACCGUUCAGAAAGGGAGAGAGGCUCCAGAUCCUCCAGGAGAAUGGGGACUGGUGGCUUGCUAAGUCACUGGUGACGGGAGAGGAGGGGUGCAUCCCAUGUACGUACGUGGCCAGAGUAGACACCCUAGAAAUAGAAAAAUGGUUUUUCAAGGACCUGAGUCGUAGAGAGACAGAGCGUCUGCUCCUGGCUCCGGGGAAUAAAGCCGGGUCAUUUCUAGUUCGAGAGAGUGAGACCACCAAAGGUGCUCUCUCCCUGUCCAUCAGAGACGUAGGGCUGGAGCAUGGGGAUGUGGUGAAGCACUACAAGAUCCGUUCCCUGGAUAACGGAGGGUUCUACAUCUCUCCGUCCACCUCCUUCUCCUCCCUGCAGGAGCUGGUCAAGUACUAUACCCGUACGUGUGAUGGAUUGUGUCAGCGUCUGAACGCCCCCUGCAAGCCGAAGGCCCCCGUCCAGCCGUGGGCCCAGGACGCGUGGGAGAUCCCCAGAGACACGCUGAAAAUGAUCAGGAAGUUGGGAGCAGGACAGUUUGGAGAAGUCUGGAUGGGUUACUAUAAUGGCAAUCAGAAGGUGGCGGUGAAAACCCUGAAGGAAGGGACCAUGGAGCCUGAGGCCUUCCUCCAGGAGGCCAACCUGAUGAAGCAGCUGCAACACGACAGACUGGUCCGCCUCUACGCCGUCGUCACCAUGGAACCCAUCUACAUUGUCACGGAGUUCAUGAUCAAUGGAAGUCUGUUGGACUUCCUGAAAACAGACGAGGGCAAGAAGUUGAAGCUCACCAAACUGAUAGACAUGUCAGCCCAGAUAGCUGAAGGCAUGGCCUACAUUGAGAAGAAAAACUAUAUCCACAGAGACCUGCGAGCCGCCAACAUUCUGGUCAAUGAGACUCUCCACUGCAAGAUAGCAGACUUUGGCCUGGCCAGGAUCAUAGAAACGGAGUACACAGCAAAAGAAGGUGCUAAGUUUCCCAUUAAGUGGACAGCUCCGGAGGCCAUCAACUUUGGAACGUUCAGUAUAAAGUCAGACGUCUGGUCUUUCGGCAUCCUGCUGACUGAGAUAGUUACCUAUGGAAGAAUACCCUAUCCAGGUAUGACGAACCCUGAUGUGAUUCGUAACCUGGACAGGUGUUACAGGAUGCCCUGUCCGGAGGGUUGUCCUGAGGAACUAUAUGACCUCAUGAUGACCUGCUGGAAGGAGAGACCAGAGGAACGGCCCACCUUCGAACACCUGCAGGAAACUCUCAAUGACUUCUUCAUCGCCACUGAGGGACAAUACGAGAUGCAGAUCUGACGGUGAACUCAAAGUCAUCAUUCAAUGCUUCUGUCAAAGCCCCCCCCCCC